CAUUGAAUAACUCAUCCACCAUACAAUUGGUUCCCAAAAUCUAUAUAUAUACCCAUCAUUGGGUUUACAAGCAACACAUAUCAUUCUUACCUUGAAGCAUAAGAAUUCAAGUUCAAUUCUUUCUUCUACUACUUCUUUCACAUCAUUUUGUCGAAAAAAAAUAAAACAAGAAUGGGUUUUCGCUUACCUGGUAUUAGACGAUCAUCAUUUAGUGCAAGUCAAGCAUCUAUCAAGGAAACAGAAGUCCCAAAAGGCUACCUUGCGGUAUAUGUUGGAGAGGAAAUGAAGAGGUUCUUGAUUCCAGUUUCAUUCUUGAACCAACCUUCAUUUCAAGAAUUGUUGAGCCAAGCUGAAGAGGAGUUCGGUUACUGUCAUCCAAUGGGUGGCCUCACAAUUCCCUGCAAGGAAGAUGUCUUCUUACAAACAACUUCUCGAUUGAACAAAUUGUAACUAAUUCAUACUGCAAAAAAGUCAUAUGAAUGAUAACAUAACACAAUAGGAUUGACUAGUUGAGACAACUUUUGUAUAUCAGGACUUUUUUUCUUCUAUUUUUUAUGUUUCCUCUUAAGUGGAAAUCUGAAAUGAGAACCUUGCAAAACUAUAUUCUUGCAAAUUUAUUUGUUAUUUUAUUUUCA